AUGUCAAACGGAGGAAAUUCUACGGAGAAGCAAACUCAACCUCCCUCGAGUCAGCCUUCUCAACCUGGACAAACUAACACAAAGCAAGGUGAACAACCUGCAUCAAGCACAAAUAAUGCAAGCAACUUGAAACCGUUUGGUUUCGGAAUAUCUUCAUCAGCAACAAGUAGUUCGCAACCGAGCAUUGCUACUCCGACACAAUUUGGAUCCGCUUCUGCCGCCACAACUACUCUAGCCUUUCCUAAUACUAAUACUAACUCAGGCUUAUUUUCACAGAAUAUUCCGUCGGUUUUUGGUUCCUCUGUAAAUACUUCAACAGCACCUUUUGGAUUCCAAACUACUCCCUCAUUAUUACCUUCACCCUUCGGCACGAUUAAUAAAUCAGUUGGAACCACAACAGGAGCCGUGACAGCAUCACAAUUUGGUUCUUCUAGUUCAAAUGCAACAUUUGGAGGAACUGCAACUCCUAAAUCGUUUGGAUUCGGAGCACCGGUAACGCCUACAGGAACUCAACCAUUUGGUAGUUUCGGAAUAAAAACAACCACUGUCGCUAAACCAUCAGCCGCUACUGCUCAACCAACAACCAGCGUUGCAACUACAACUACUCCUCCAUCGCCUUUUAGUAGUUUUCAACCACCAACCAGCGCUGCAACUACAAAUACUCCUCAAUCGCCUUUUAGUAGUUUUGCCCCUUCUAAAUCAGGAUUUGGAACAUUUGGAGCUGCAAAUCAACCAACGGCAACUACGGGAUUUAAUGGUUUUGGUCAAUCAUCUGCAGCAAAGACAGUUCCAUCGGGAUUUGCCGGUUUCGGCACAACAAACCAACCAUCACCUACUACAACUUCAACUCAAUCACCAUUCACUGCUGCUACUACUUCUCCGACAUCCUUUGGUGGUUUUGCUAAACCAUCAUUCGGAAGUUUACAGCCAAGUAGUACUAGUGCUUUACCCGCAUCAACAACUUCUGGGGCAGGAUUAGGAUUCGGAGGAAUUACAGCUACUUCCACCUCUACCUCGGGUCCGAGUUUUGGCUUGGGAAGUGUGGGAGGUGGUGGCGGCGGUUUCUUGGGUGGGUCUGGAAUUGCAAAGACAACUGCUCCUCCUCCUUCUCCCUUUGGAAAUUUAAAUAGACCAAGCGGUUUAGGCACCACAACAUCAGCUUCCAAUUUACAAACUGGAUUCAACGUUGCAACUACAACAUCUCCAAGUCAAAAUUCAAAUCUUUUUUCUAGACUAAGUAGUUUUGCAUCUACACAAGCAUCUAUUGUUAAACCAUUUUCAGCAUUCAGCACUGGUACAACCACCACAAGCGCGCCAUCAAUUUUCACAGCUUCAGCUUCGACAACAACACCAUCUAUAUCUGUAACAAAACCUUCAAUUAUACCACAGUCCACAUCUGUUGGACUUUUUCAAAAUACGCCAUCGUCAUCCACAAAACCUCAAUUUGGUUUAGCUAGACCAACUUUAAAAGCACCAGUCAGCACAGGUGGAUUUACGACAGGGACACCCAUCUCAAUUGGAGCAACGACGCAACCGUCUACAGUAACAAAUGAAGCAACACCAACUUCAUCAGCUUGGUUAAAAAAUAGCAAUAUUGAAACCAUAAUUAAUAGAUGGAAAAAAGAUUUAGAUAUUUUUCUCAAAAAAUUUCACAGUCAAGCAAGUGAAUUAAGAGACUGGGACCAAAAAAUCAUUGAGAAUUCUGGAAGGAUAGUUAAAUUAGAAGAAGAAUUAAGUAAAGCCGAUUUGAUUCAGUCUGAAAUUGAUUCAGGUCUGGAGAGUAUUGCAACGCGUCAGGAUGAGCUUGAAAAAAUGUUGUCAGAGUAUGAGGUGAAAUUUUCUGAACCAGUAUUGGAUAGUACAAGACCUUUGGAUAAAGAAAGAGAAAAAAAUUAUGAUAUGGCCGAAGAAAUUAAUCAAGAAUUGGGUGAAAUGAGUCAAGUUUUGUCCACCAUUAUUACUGAUGUUAAUCGAUAUGUAAUAAAACCUUCUUUUAGUGAUGAAAUAAACGGAAGCCAAGAAACAGUUGAGAAAGAAGAUAUAGAAGAUCCGAUGGAUGAAGUUAUCAAUAUUCUUAAUUCGCAUCUAACAUCAUUGCAAUGGAUAGAUUCGACAGUUAAUCAACUUACUCAAAAUGUUCAUAAUGCAAAAUUGCUACUUACUCAAACUCAAAGCGAGUUACAACAGCAAAGUGGACAAAAUGGUACCGGUAGUAAUUCCGGAUAA